UUUUGAAUUAAUUUUUUGCCUCAAUCUAUACAAGUUCAAUAGAAAUUAAGAGACAUAACUUAUGUUAUAUUACAAUUAGUAGGAAUUAAGUGACAUUACCUCUGUUAUGUUAUGUUGCAGUACAAAAAUAUAAACUUGUGACGACCAAAUAUUACUUAUUAUUUGAGGGCUACAAAUAUAUUAUUCACUUAUUUUUUGAACCGAAAGGACAAAAUUAAAAACAAAAAAGUUUUGAGUGCAAAAAUAUCAUAACUUCAAUUUUUACUCUUUUAAGUUAGAUUGCUUGAUCAGUAGUGAAAAGGAGUGCUGAUAAAUAUUAAUCAAAUUUUACAGUGGCAACAGAAAUAAUUUAAUUCUAGAUUUAUAUAGUAGUAGUAGUAGUAACAUUUUCACUAUAUUUUGGUUCACUAGAUUUGAACGAACGAAGGUGAGCAGUGGCAUUGUUUGGUUCAUUACUGGGUACUUCAGGACUCAAAAUGAAGCUGAAGGUAGUUUGGAGGAAAGUAUCUGAUUAUGUUCGAUAUGAUCUGAAGGAGAUUGCUUUUCCUUCAUCUUUACCGAACCCUCCGCACUUCAAAAAACGUAGGAAGCUAACUAUGAAGGAACGCUAUCUUGUGCUUAAGGAAGCGUCUAGGCUUUAUGCCGCAAGCUGGGUGAGGGACAUUGGUCCUGAACUUCGGCCCAAUGAUUACAAAAAGAAGCGUGAGACUGAAGCCGAGUUGGGUGAAGAAAGUGGUAACAGAAAGGAGAAGGAACCCUCAACAUUAGAGGACCUAGCUGUGGCUGCAAGAGGUGGCAUGGAAACACUACGACCAGCACUGCAACGAGUUUACAUGACGAGAGCUUCUGCAUAUAAAGAUGCACUUAAAAGUUUCAUACAAGGAUAUCAAGAAGGCAUCCAACAAACCAUGGAGAAAACAAAAGACGAAAAAUCUUCCAAAGACCCUGAUGCACCCAAUUCCAAAAGGCCAACUUGAGUUCUAAUGGACAAUUUGUGAGUUUGUUUUUGCAAAACCAGCUGCAGGAACUUGUACGGUGUCCUCCUCUGUUUCUGUCGUGACAAUCAUAUUAAUGAGUUUUUCCAUUUCUCGUUCAUGUAUAUAACUAGAAUCGCGGUGAUAUAAGGAAUGGUGUUUUCAUGAACAAUACUAGGGCGUGCUACCAGUUUCUAGGCACUGCUUUAUUUUGCGGUUUUCAUUGUACUGUUGUUUGAAGUUAGUUUGGCAAUGUUCUGCCUUUGUCUCA